AUGUCACUUAAAUCAACGACUGGCGAGGGCGGAGCCAAAGACAUGGCCCAAUCUGUUGCCUCUGACCGUGUUCACGAUGAGGUUCUCGAAUUGACCAAGGCCCAAUCGAAGCGACUGCUCCUCAAGACAGACUUGGUCGUGAUGCCACUUGCUGUCUUGAGUAUGACGCUCGCUUUCUUGGAUAAGAAUGCGCUGGGAUACGCCGCCAUCUUCGGCAUCAAAGAAGAUGCCCACCUCAAACCCCAAGAGUACAGCUGGCUCAGCAGUAUCUUCUAUUUCGGUUACCUAGCCAUGGAGUUCCCCAACCUGUGGCUAAUGACCAAGAUUCCAAUCGGCAAAUACGUUGGUGGCUGUCUCACUCUAUGGGGUGUUGCCCUAUGCUUCAUGGCUCUCUGCCAUAACUUUGCGGGACUAGCGACUAUCAGAUUCCUCCUUGGUGUCUUCGAAGCUGCUGUGCUGCCUUGCAUGAUGAUCAUCAACUCGAUGUGGUAUUUGAGGAACGAGCAGCCUCUUCGAACAGCGUUCUGGUAUAAUACAUUUGCUGGUGUGUUUGGAGGUAUUCUGUCGUAUGCUAUUGGACAGAUCAAUGGAUCACUAUCCACUUGGAAGUACAUCUUCCUCAUCUAUGGAGCCUGCACCGUACUCGCUGGAGCUCUAGUCUUCUUCGGUCUGCCCGACACUCCAUCAAAAGCAUGGUUCUUUACUGAGGAGGAAAAGAAGCUUGCAAUGAUUCGUCUCGCACCCAACCAGACUGGUAUUGAAUCAAAGAAGAAAUUCCAAACCACUCAAAUCCUCGAGGCGCUCCGUGACCCUAAAUGCUACUGCAUCUGGCUCGGCGUCUUUGGCUAUGCCCUCGCCAACGCCGGUAUCACAAACUUCAAUCCACUCAUCAUUGCUGGGUAUGGCUUCAGCAAGACGAAGACCGUUCUCAUGGCCACUCCUCAAGCGGCCGUUGCUAUGAUCAGCCAAGCAAUCCUCACUACUAUCGCGUUCUUCAUUCCUAACCUGCGAUGUAUCUUCUGGAUCUUCGGUGCGCUUAUGGGUCUAGUUGGAGCGGUUAUGGUUCACUCACUCGAUGUUGCGACUCAACGAGAUGCUUCGCUAGCGGGCGUUUACCUCAUGGGCUUCUAUAACGUUCCCUGGGUCUUCUUGCUCAGUCUGUCUUCAUCUAAUACAGCUGGUGCGACGAAGAAGAGUUUCAUGGGUAUUUCUAUCGCAAUUGUCUAUGCUGUUGGCAACAUUGUCGGUCCCCAAUUCUUCCUCGAUAGGCAAGCACCAACAUAUGCUCUCGGUAUCGGCUCCAUGCUUUGCGCGUUUGCCUUGAUGGCCGCCACUGGUGUGGCCUACUAUGUCCUUUGCGCUGUGGAGAACAAGAAGCGCGAUAAUCAAUACGGCAAGACUCACGAUGACACAGAUGCUGGGUUGGAGGCAGAGAGAAGCGACAAGACGGAUUGGCAGAAUCCCAACUUUCGCUAUACGUACUAA